GGGAGAACACCUGCACUGCUCUGUGCUGUAUAGUGUGCUGCCUGCAUGCUUGCCUGCCUGCCUGCCUUGUUCACUGCAGCAACAUCUGUCAGAGGAGCAAGUGGAUUCAAAAAGAACAUCUGCACAUCAGCAAGCAGCCAAUUUAUUGAGGAACAACAUUACAAGAGCUUAAAAGGCAGCUCACUUGUGCCAGUUGCUGAAUGAUAUCGCAGGGAUAUGCUGAGAUACGCUGUGAUACUGUACAUAUUUGCUGCUGCAAAUAAAAGUCAAUUAGCAAGAGCGGCGGCAGUGCUAACACAGCUCCGGCAGCGCGAGAGAGAAGAGAGCCACCCCUCUACCUGGAGAGGAAGCCAGGGACCAGGGGCAGUCAUGGCAGCGAACAUGUACCGGGUUGGAGAUUAUGUUUAUUUUGAGAACUCGUCCAGCAACCCACUGCUGAUCAGGAGGAUAGAGGAGUUGAACAAGACAGCCAAUGGGAAUGUGGAGGCCAAAGUGGUGUGUUUUUACCGACGCAGGGACAUCUCCAGCACACUCAUCGCCCUGGCAGACAAGCAUGCAAGAGAGCUGGAGGAGGAGAUGGAGAAUCCAGAGAUGGCGGACCUGCCCGAGAAACUGAAGCACCAGCUCAGACACAGGGAGCUCUUCCUGUCCCGCCAGCUGGAGUCCUUACCUGCCACACACAUUAGGGGCAAGUGCUGUGUGACACUGCUGAAUGAGACGGAAGCCCUGAAGUCGUACCUGGACAGAGAGGAUGCUUUCUUCUACUCGCUGGUGUAUGACCCUCAGCAAAAGACCCUGCUGGCUGAUAAGGGGGAGAUCCGUGUCGGGAACAAGUACCAGGCCGACAUCACCGACCUCCUCAAAGAAGGCGAGGAUGAUGGCAGAGACUUGGAGAAACUAGAGGAGAAGGUGUGGGACCCCACCAGCUCACUGACAGAGAAACAGAUUGACCAGUUCUUAGUAGUAGCUCGGUCAGUAGGUACAUUCGCCAGAGCCUUGGACUGCAGCAGUUCUGUUCGGCAGCCCAGCCUUCACAUGAGUGCUGCUGCAGCCUCCAGAGACAUCACCUUGUUUCACGCUAUGGACACCCUCCAUGCUACUGGCUAUGACAUGACUCGAGCCAUCGCAGCGCUGGUGCCUCAGGGUGGGCCCGUCCUCUGCAGGGAUGAAAUGGAGGAGUGGAGCGCCUCCGAGGCCAACCUCUUUGAGGAGGCACUGGAGAAGUACGGCAAAGACUUCACCGAUAUCCAACAGGAUUUUUUGCCCUGGAAGUCCCUGACGAGUAUUAUCGAGUAUUACUACAUGUGGAAGACCACAGACAGAUAUGUACAGCAGAAACGAUUAAAAGCAGCCGAGGCGGAAAGCAAAUUGAAGCAGGUCUACAUCCCUAACUAUAACAAGCCAAACCCCAACCAGCUGAGUAACAAUGUAAAACCAGCUCUGGUGAACGGAGCGGCAGGUUCAGCGGUCCCAGGACCUCCAGGCUCAGGGCAGACCCCCGGCAUCGGCAGAGCCUGUGAAAGCUGCUACACCAGCAGCUCCUACCAGUGGUACUCGUGGGGACCUCCCAACAUGCAGUGUCGCCUCUGCGCUUCAUGCUGGACCUACUGGAAGAAGUACGGAGGGCUGAAGAUGCCCACAAGACUGGAUGGCGAGAGGCCCGGACCCAACCGCAACAACAUGAGCCCCCACGGGCUGCCCCUGCGGCACAGCGGCAGCCCCAAGUUUGCGGUGAAGACGCGACAGGCUUUCUACCUGCAGACUACCGGCCUGACUCGGAUGGCCCGCCGCCUCUGCCAGGACAUCAUCAGACCGCGAUACCUGGCCAGGCACCCCUACCUCCCUGUCAACACAGCAGCCAUAAAGGCAGAAUGUGCCCUGCGGUUGCCAGAUGGCCAAAAAAAGCCUUUGCCACUGAAACCUGUGGAACGUAAACCUCUGGAGUCUGUGGUUCGGUAUUUAGAAGCACACCCCCGUCCAGCCAAACCCGACCCACCGAUUCGUGGAGGGUCCAUCUCUACAGGCAGCCUCACGCCCAUAAAGUCCUCUCCCAUCCUCAACAACGGCUCACCCACCAUCCUGGGCAAACGCACCUAUGAACAGCACAAUGGACUGGAUGGCAUGAAAUCCAAAGCCCUGACUCCACAGUGGGACAUCAUGGCCAAACGGGUGAGCGAAGCGGGACGGCCUUCGGUGUCCCUGCAGGACGAAGUACAUGAACUGGACUGAAGGCCGUGUGAGAGCCACCUCUGCCACAAACCCCCGGUCAGCAGAUUUGGGGGGUGGGGUGGGAGGCAUGAAAUGGAAAAUCAUUUUCCAAUAAACCAUAGCCGAGGGCAGCUGAGGGGAAGUUGAGUCUGAUCUGAAAGGAGACGACAGCAUUGGCCACCUUUCUUCAGUCAGUACGGGUCUGUCACGCUGCUGAAGACCGAUCGAUAAUCGAUCAGUUUGGCAGCGGUCAACCAGAAGAUGAGCCUGACUGUACAGGACUGUGUUUAUUACUUACAUUUCUUGUUAUAACUGUUAAUGUAAUUAUUGUUAUUGUUAUUAUAAUUUUUUUUUAUUUUUACCAAUUAUAACUCAGCUUAUUGUUUGUCGAUCAAACGAUGGAACUGGCGAAGUUUCAUGAAAAAUGCUUGCAGAACCCUGUGGAAAAGGGUUGAAGGACUGUAACAUAAGCCACUCGCAUCCUCUGUGUUUUGUUUUGUUUUGUUUUGUUUUUUCUUUUUUGUUUUUAACAAGUCAAAUUCAACGAGGAGACGCACUUUUAUUUUCGGCGACACGAGUUAACUCCUCGUCUUUUGUUUCGAUGGAUUUGAAUGCUUUACGGGAAAUCUUCUGUUUUGUGAGCCGGCCCUGCUCUUCGGCCAGAGAGGUUUAACUUAUUGAGAAAGACUUGCUGUUUUUUCUACCUUUUUCACAAGUAUUGCAUCUAUGCUUAGAUAAUGUAAUUAAAAAAAACAGUUAAUUAA